CUAGUUUGCACUAAAACUUGGACAUAGGAACACAUUGAGAUGAAUGUUGAAGAUAAACUUCCAUCGGAGGGGUUUGGUUCAUUUACAACUACGGCUCUUCUUCGCCUUCCAGUCUUCUCUCAUUUUAAUUCUUCAACACUUUCUGAAUAAGAAAGUCGGCCUUGUCGCACUACGAAAUCAGGAACGUCCAAUGGAGGAGAAGAGCAAAGGAAGCGAGAGAUGGAUGGCAGCGAUAGCGAAUUUGUCGGAGAUGUCGUCAAAUCUUGACUCCCUCCAGAAUUUGAUUGUGAAGAAAGCUGUUUAUGUCGACGAAGCCACCUACUCGAAAGCCCAUCUCGCCUCCGAGCAAGCCCGAACCAUCAAGGUUCUUGAACAGAGAGUAGAGACUUUAGAACGUGAACUUGAUUCUGCAAUAUCAACUGCUGCACAUGCACGGACGGAGAAACGGCAAGCUGAGGUGGCUCAGAAGGCUGCAGAAUUACGGGCACAAGAGAUCACAAAAGAGCUCGAGAACACCACAAAAGUGUUUAAGCUGCACAUGGAAGAGUUACGCGCAAAGCAAGAGGAGAUAGCAAAACGUGAUAGUGAAAUUAAACUCCUUGAGGCUAUAAUUCAGACGCUCGGGGGGAAAAGUUGACUGUCUACCCAUAAUUAAACUAAUAUGAGGUGCAUGUCGUUACUAGUGGUCUGUUGUUUUGCAACGUGGACGCAUUGGUGUGGUGCAUGUCCUUCCUAAAGGUGUGAGCCUGCGAUGCAACUGAAAGUAAAUAGAUGAGGAGAAACAAAUUAACUGAAGCAUAUGAGUAUCGAGUAAGGUACAUUGCUUCUACACAAAAUCACAAAUUAACUGAAGCAGCUGGCUACGUAUUAAAGAAAUCGGCAGCAGUGGUAAUAUAGGCUGAUGGAUUGAAACCAGGAGGCUAUUCAGACUCAAACAUUCGCAGCAAUGACUUGAGGCUGUUUCCACCUUUGUUCAAAUUGGAGCCGACAUUGGUUUUUGUACAACUGAAUGAACUGCGAUUCAUGUUAAAAUCUGCAACGUAUUAUAUGUUAUUUAUAGUUUUUAUUAUUACUCCUUUUGUCUCUCAAAAACAGUGAAAUUGCAUGGUUUUCGUCUUGUGGAUGAUGUAAAAAGAAAAAAAGAAGAGGAGCAAUGUUAACCGGCUUUAAUGCAACAAACCCGCUCCUGAAAUAUAAAUUUGAUGCA